CAUGGCAAUUGAGUUCUAACUUUCUUGUUUUCAUAAUGUCUUGCAACAUUUUUGUCAUCUUUCUUAUAUUCUUUGCAAAUUGCUGCAGCCAUGCAAGUCGCCCACUGUUACAAGGCUCCUUCUCUGCAAGAUCCCUUGAAAAGCAUAGAAAGAAUGGCAAUGCUGCAGUCCAAAGCAAUUCAGAUUCUGAUAUCAACCAAGACAAUGAGAGUCACUUUUAUCAACAGACUCUUGACCAUUUCACCUUCACACCACAAAUCUAUGAUCAGACAUUUCAGCAGAGAUAUCUGCUUGAUAAAAAGUAUUGGGGUGGUUCCCAAGGGAAUUUUCCCAUCUUUGUUUUUGCAGGAGAUGAGGGAGAUCUUGUCUCAGAUAUACAUUACCUUGGCUUUAUGACUGAACUAGCAGUCCACUUCCAAGCUCUUCUCCUUUACAUUGAGCAUCGAUACUAUGGAUUGUCCAUGCCCUUCGGGAGCCAAGAGGAUUCUUUCAAGAAUGCAACUACGUUGGCUUAUUUAACUGCAGAGCAAGCCCUGGCUGAUUACGCAGUGAUCAUUGUAGAUUUGAAGAAGAACUUAUCUGCCCAAGAUUGUCCAGUGAUUGUUAUUGGUGGUUCCUAUGGUGGAAUGUUGGCUGCUUGGUUUCGUUUGAAGUAUCCACACAUAGCAGUAGGGGCACUAGCAUCAUCUGCACCUCUCCUGUACUUCGACAAUAUCACAUCUCCAGAUGCCUUUGCAGAGAUUGUUAUCAAGGACUUCAAAAAUGCAAGCGAAACCUGUUAUGCAUCCAUAGAAAGCUCAUUGGCAGAGAUAAUCAAAGUUGGCUCCACAGCAGACGGACUAAAAACCCUAGCAAAUAUAUUUGAUACUUGCCGGGUUCCUGAGAGUACGGACACUUUGAUAGAUGCAUUAUGGUAUGCUUACGAUAGCGCAGCUCAGUACAAUUAUCAGCAUGUGAAAGGCAUCUGUGAGGCCAUAGAUGGGUUAUCAAAAGGAUCAUAUAUUCUCACUCGUAUAUCUGCUGGACUAACCUAUUUCAUCAACAGCACCGAAGGGAAUACAAACUGUUUUGAUUUGGAUUCAAUUAUCAAUGACAAUCAGGGAUGGCAGUGGCAGAGUUGCACUGAAAUGGUAAUGCCUAUAAGGUAUACCCCAAAUACAACAACAUAUUCUAGAGACUGCUGGAAGACUUAUGGCAUAUUACCGAGGCCCAAUUGGAUUACAACUGAAUUUGGUGGCAAUAAUAUGAAAAGAGUGCUGAAAAGCUUCGGGAGCAACAUAAUUUUCUCUAAUGGCUUGAGAGAUCCAUACAGUGCAGGAGGGGUACGAGAGAGUUUGUCUACAAGCAUUGUAGCACUCGCAGCAGAAGAAGGAGUUCAUUGUCAGGAUCUAGCUUCUUCCAGUUCAGAUGAUCCACAAUCUGUCACAGAAAUGAGAAUGAAAGAGAUUCAAAUCAUGGAAGACUGGAUAUCACAGUAUAAAGUAGAUCUCCUUGAGAGUGCAAACAAAAGCAUAUGAAGUGUUGCAAUGCUACAUGUAUAGUAGUAAAUUCUACAAGUUGUUGCCAUGUUAAAGAAAUAAUAUAUGCAUUUUAAUAAA